GACUGCAAGGCGAUAUUGCAGCCGGUCUCCAAGGCGAUAUUACAGCCGGUCUCCAAGGCGAUAUUACAGCCGGUCUCCAAGGCGAUGUAGCAGUCGAGACUCGUGUUACAGCCAUAAAGGUGACGGGUCGGACCACAGGGGGGGUCUCAAAGAUUCACCAGCCGCAGAUAGCGCCACGGACAGUCAUUUGCUUCUACCAAGAACAGAUAAUCAUUAUUUAAGUCCGGACACUCUUCAUCAUCGGCGAGGUAGUCGUCGAGUAGGCGACCAUCGAUUCUACCAGUACCGGACAUGGUGACCAGUAGCUUUAACAUCGCAGAAGAAGAACGGGAAAGGGAGAGGGAACUAGACAUGAGCGAGGAAGAGUUAGAGGAUAAUGUGCCCUGGCGUACCCCUUCAGAGAAGAUUGCUGACGACGCCACGUCAUCCAGUCUCUCAUCGCUGGCACUCGGCGACGCGGCACCCGCCUGGCGCAAUGACUUUACCAGGCUCACUUCAGAACCAAAACAUCGUUGAAUCCUAUCAUACUUCUCCUGGAACGAAGACCUGAUAUCGCGUUCCUCGAUGCGAUAUCUUACUUUCCACUUGUCUACUGGAUGAUGGGAUCUAUUGACUCGCUGGAUGACCUACUGAGAGCUGGAAUAACACUUGCGGAAAACGUAGUGGUUGUAAACAAAGAAUUAUCCAACUCGGCUGAGGAAGACAGUUUGUCUGACUGCAAUACCAUCGUCGCCGUGCAGACCAUGUUCAAAUUUUUCCCAUCGAUAAGAUCAAUAACAGAACUGUCGCAGUCAUCAAAUAUGCGUUUUAUGCAAUUCCGAGCUCAUGAUAAAUAUGCAUUGCAUCUUUCCAAGAUGGAAAAGAGAGAGAAAGAGCGAGGUUCUCAUAUCUCGUAUAUGUUCCGUCUCCCCUUUGCGGCGGGUUCCGUAUUUUCAGCAUCCAUGUUGGACACACUACUCUACCAGGCCUUCGUCAAAGAUUACGUCAUCACCUUCGUGCGGCUGCUGCUGGGGGUCGACCAGGCUCCCGGCUCAGGCUUCCUAACAUCUAUGAGAAUAGGAAAGGGAGACAUGUGGAUUCGCACGUAUGGCCGACUAUACCAAAAGUUGUGCUCGACUUCUUGCGAAAUCCCUAUUGGGAUCUAUAGAACGCAGGAUACAAGCCUGGCCGACCCCUCACACCACUAUUCAGCGAGUCUAGCCGACGAGGCAAGAGACAACCACGCGCAACAGAUAGAACGGGCUGAGAUUGCAAAUCUGGUUCGCUCCCGCAUGGAGUCGCUCAACCUGAACGUCAUUGACUAUGACGACGUGAGUGAGAAGAGGAACAGUCUCUCCUACGUUAUUAUUAACCCAAGCUGCGACCUUAACCUGUGUGAGGGAGACGUAAUGUAACGUCAUAUAUUUGGUUCGGCCAUCUCCAUUCGCAGCUCAAAAAACAUUCGAAAGACACAAUAGCAGACGAAAAUCGAACAUUAGUUUUUGUUCAAGUAUAUGCGCAGCAGCAAGUGCUGGGAGCGGACGACAUGGCUCUACACUUUCAGCUGUGCGGGCACCGCCACUCUGUACCACAAAAGCUAAUUCACUAUCAUUACCAGAUAGUCCAACUGUCCUCACAGAUUUUCGUGGUCGCUCAAACUCUCUGCGAGUUGUGGAUGAUGCAAUGUUGUGCCGAUCAGCAUCGCUCCGUCAGGGGCUUGGCACAAGCCCACGGAGGAGAAAAAGCAGUCUCGAGGAAAUUGGAAUUACGCAUUUCAAUUCUCUGUUACAACAUCAGCAGCAACAACAAGAGCAGGACACUGAAGCGAUUAAAAUGGCUUUGCAAGGAAGUGCUAGACUAGAGGUGACACCACUGGAAGACAGAGUUGCGUCCGUCUUCGCCUGAGCCCCAACACCUGCAGGGAACCAUCGUCUAAUUCGGUCCCACUUUGGGUCCUCUAAACAAUUGUUAAUGAAUAUUUAUACAGUACUACAGCUCCAAAGAGUUUAGUGUCUGUCCCCUUUAUAAACUUAAUUCACCUAAAAGUUAUUUUGUGAGGUUUGCACGAAGUCUUCAAUCUGGCUGUCUUUUGAAAUUCUUCAAAGUCCCAAUUGGUUAAGUAAUGAUUGCAAAGUAAAUGACAUGUUUUAGAGUUGGGGCUGAUGUAUUGUGUAACUGGUUAGAGUAAACGGCUUAGCGUCGCGUUAGUAGCCUGAAGUAGCGCGAGCGGCAGUGUAUGUUAGCGGGAUCAACUAGGUAGUUAGUGAUAAGGGGAACACGUCGGCGUAAGGCUGUACAUAUUCGCUUCAUCCCCACUCCCCCUCACAAACCAGUUAACCCUUCACUACUCCCUCCAUAACCUUAUGGCCUUGUCUGUAAAUAUCUAAUGUAUUACGCAGCUGCAAUGUUAGGAAGGUUAUUUUCUUCUAUGUCUAACACAAUAUUUGUUUCGACGAAAUAAAAAGUACGAGUAUUAACAUUCACUAAGUUAUUCAAGUUUAGAGCAAUUAUGUCGUCAGUUUACUGCGAUGGUUAACGCGAAAUCGUUAAUGUUUUAACAAUAUAUUCGUGUGUGUAGUGUCUGCACUUACUUUAAAAUUGCCAUUGAGUCUUGGCCGCUUCAAAAAAUGAUUUGAUGUUUUACUUACGAUAAGUAUGCUUGUAGUCUAGUCGACAAGUUGAAAAUGGAACAAAAUAGAGAUACUGCUCUUAAAAUUAUGUGCGAUAGCU